GGGAGAGAAAGGGAGGGCGGCGCGCGUGCGUAGCCCGCUCUCGGGCCAUGGCUGGCUGGGCGGGGAUCGAGCUUUCGGCCCUGAACCCCCUGCGUACGCUGUGGCUGGCGCUGGCCGCCGCCUUCCUGCUCGCGCUGCUGCUGCAGCUGGCGCCCGCCAGGCUGCUGCCGAGCUCCGCGCUCUUCCAGGACCUCAUCCGCUACGGGAAGACCAAGCAGUCCGGCCCGCGGCGCCCCGCCGUCUGCAGGGCCUUCGACGUCCCCAAGAGGUACUUUUCCCACUUCUACGUCAUCUCAGUGUUAUGGAACGGCGCCCUGCUCUGGCUCCUUUCUCACUCUCUGUUCCUGGGAGCGCCUUUUCCAAACUGGCUUUGUGCUUUGCUCGGAACUCUUGGGGCCACGCAGUUCCAAGCCCCGGGGACGGAGUCCAAGGCCUCUCGGAUGCUAGCGGCUGAGAUGGCUCUGUCUGCCUUCUUGGUGUUGGUGUUCCUCUGGGUCCACAGCCUCCGGAGGCUCUUCGAGUGCUUCUACGUCAGCGUCUUCUCUAACGCGGCCAUUCACGUCGUGCAGUACUGUUUCGGGCUCGUCUACUAUGUUCUCGUUGGCCUGACUGUACUGAGCCAAGUGCCCAUGGAUGGUAAGAAUGUGUAUGUUCUGGGGAAGAAUCCACUGAUACAAACUCGGUGGUUCCACAUCCUGGGAAUGCUGAUGUUCUUCUGGUCAUCUGCCCAUCAGUAUAAGUGCCACGUCAUUCUCGGCAAUCUCAGAAGAAAUAAAAAAGGUGUGGUCAUCCACUGCCAGCACAGGAUCCCCUUUGGAGACUGGUUUGAGCAUGUGUCUUCGGCUAACUACCUGGCAGAGCUGAUGAUCUACCUCUCCAUGGCCGUCACCUUUGGGCUGCACAACUUAACCUGGUGGCUGGUGGUGACAUAUGUCUUCUUCAGCCAAGCCUUGUCCGCAUUCUUCAACCACAGGUUCUACAGAAGCACAUUCGUCUCCUACCCAAAGCACAGGAAAGCGUUCAUCCCGUUCUUGUUUUAAAGCAGGCGUUAUGGGGAAGAACAAAAGCCAGGCAACCGAGUCCGUCCCUAGAGACACUGAGACGGACACUGAAGUACACUUUCUGCAGGAAUGUUUGACGGUCCCUGUUCCACUUCAGUGCCAAGCAGUGUUCACGAAGCGUUGUUACGGGAGAAGACAUUCCGGCAGGCCUGGGCUUGCAGGCUCUGCCUUCUGCCAAGCUUUACAAAGCCAACUGAUAACAAGUAAACAGGUGUCUCCAAGCUGCUUUAUAGCCACGCUAACCAGGAGUAUAGUCAGCUGUGCGUGGACACAUGCAUGCUUGAGUCAGCCUCUCUCUCUCUCUCUCUCUCUCUCUCUCUCUCUCUCUCUCUCUCUCUCUCUCUCUCUCUCUCUCUGUCUCUCUCUCUCUCUGUCUCUGUGUGUGUGUGUGUGUGUGUGUGUGUGGGAACAGUGAAUUGAGUGCUGUGGGAUAUCAUAUGCUUUUAAUUAAUGUCACAUGCCAAUAAAAACAGGAACCUCUGAAAAUAGCAUGAAUGAACAGUAUGAGACCCCAUAGUUCUAGGGAGAAAAAAGUUUGUUGGAGUCCAUUAAUAUUCUGCCUUUUCUCAUCAGUAUCUGCAAUUAUAUCCCUGCCGCCUCACUUGCCCUGCAACCAGCCUAAUAACAAGUUUGGAAACCUCUUUGAUGGAAUUCUCUUUUUGACAUUUGUACUGGAAACAUGGAGAAAUAAAGUAUUUUUAUACA